AUGAACAUUUUGUUGUAUUCUGUUUUUGGAUUCGUCGUCAACUUGAGCUACGUAUUUUGCAGUGAUAUUUACCCGUCGAUUAACUGGAACCCUCAAAAUACCUUGUAAGUAUAUUGGGCGCUAUGUAUACUUUAGCUAAACUGUGUAUCGUGGAUCCGUGACAUUUACCAGGACCCUAUGGAUGAUCGAAACGGCUCUUCUCGUCGGUGUUCGAUCAAAUUAGGCGAAGGAGAAUACGAAAUAAGGACAUGGGAAUUGAGCCUUUCGAGACCUAAGAUCUAUCACUACUCCAUCAGCUUAUUAUCAAAAGGGAAUACGUUCAACCCGCUGUUCCCAUUUAUAAAGCAAAAAUUAUUAAUAGUAUUUAGCAUUUUCUCCUCUAUAUCAGAUCCACUAAAUUAAGAAUCCUUUUUAUUUUUACAACUACAAGAGCAAGUUCUUUUUUUGCCCCUUUUCUCGUUAUUUCUUAAUUCUUUUUGUAAUCUUUUUUAACCUGAGGAGAACUGAAAUACCCAGGCUACUUUUGAAUAAGUUCAAACAAAUCCUUGGGAAAUACACUGUAAGUUUCAAAUUGUCUACAAACAACUGUGAAAAAACCUGUUAUCUAUCGCUGCAUGUGAUCGACGUGAUUGAAAUUUGAGGUGAGCGUUUGAGUAAAAAAUACAACGCAACGAUAUCAAUGCACAAAGUGUUCCAACGUAAUACGUUACCCGCAGAUACAUAGUUUGGUUACCUCCCUACAGAAAUCGUUGGACAAUAUUGAGUAGAAAAUUUUAAUUUUUGUUUCAAAAAAUGUUUUUAGUUCGAGUAGUAAAUACGUUGUGGGUCGCUCCACGAGAAGGAACCGGAGGAUUUUAUAUAUCAUCAUGUUGGUUGUAAACUAGCUGUACAUGUAUUUGAACUGCAAGGACGAGCGAUUCUAGCGACAGCAGUAAUACGUAGCACAUUUACCAUGGCUAGUAAGCUAGGCUAUCGUCCAAAUUUAAUGUCUUUCAAAGCAAUUGUAGUAAAAUUCUGGCAAAAGACUAGUACAUGCUAGAGCUUGAAAAAUUGCUAGUUAUAUACAAAAGGAAUGCACCUAACCGGUAGUAAGUCACAGUUAACUUUCAAGAGCACGUACCAUAUUAUACUCGAGCUCUACUUAUAUGCAAAUUUACUUUCGUUAUUAAGCGUAGAGACAAUACUAAACUGUCGCAGCUGCUAUUGAUAAUUUCAGAAUUAUUGUUAGAGAUACUAAAUUAUUAUUUUACGUCCGUUUCUCCAAGCUGAAAAGAAUCGACGAUGAAACAUUCUUGCCAAGCGCUGAAGAAUACUUUUCAAUGAUUAUGCCGGUCGGUCAAUCCGUUAAUCUUAAUAAGAACAUGCUUAAAGUAUUCUAAAUAUUUAAAUUAUCACUAGGUGUAUGGAAUCAGCCAAUGAAUGCAAUAUAUUUUUGGUAAACUUUCAAAGGUUGAAAAAAUAAUUCUCAAUAAAUGCAAGGUAAUAACUAGGUAAGGCGGUACUAGCUGAAGGUCUUAAGUUGUUAACCAAAAGAGUAUUAAUUGCCAACAAUUGUUAUCUCAAGAAUUCUUUGUUCUUUGGUUGACCGAAAACUGAAGAACAGCAAUAUCGGAAUAUUUGCAAGCAUUCAACAUGAACCAUUCUUGUCUCUGUUAGUAUGAUUAUAUUUAGCUCUAACUAGAAUGGCGUUGAAAAGUUUUAGAGAAUUUUUGUCGCACCUCCUACUUUUUCAUUUUCCGGAGCAGGAAAGUUGUGCAGUUUCGGUAGUGAUUUUCACCGGAUGCGGCUAGUUUUCCAAUAAAAUUAGAAAUCUCGGGGGGUGCUAAGUCCAAAGUCGGAGGUGGAUAAUACCCAACCCUCCUCGAUGCACACAACUUUUUAUGUCAUACUCAGCCUCAUUCAAUAGUUGAUAAUUAAUUAGUUACUUAUUUUCGUGGGUCUCUAAUUUCUCGUUUUUAGCGUUUGUAAAAAAAUAGCCAAAUUAAAGAUCUGCAAACAAAAAUCCUCGCGAAAUCUAAUACCCAUAUUGAAAAUUCAAAUCACAGACUAAAUGAUUCACAUGAAAAAAAAUAGAACAAAUACAUGUACAGGACAUGACAAAAACACCACUUAACUGGUUUCUGUGCUAAGGCCCUUUAGUAUCUUGUUGUGAAAUAUCGUAAACACACUUCAAAUAUGAGUUUUGCUUGCUCAAGUUUUAAAACUCACUUUCUAAAUAUGCGUUUUGCUUGUUCCAGUUUAUCCAGAAAAUUUAAAUGUUCAGACUUUUUGAAAAAUAAAAUGGAGUUUAGAAGGCUAGAAUCGCAAAAAAAUUAAUGACCCUUUUCCUGGUUGCGUAACGAAAUAGAGAAAAUAAAUGCCCAUGAAAUACUGUCUCGCUAAAAUCGCCAAAUUUUAAAAGAACCGACGAAAUUUAGUACCAAUAAGGUAUGUUUUUACUUCGCUUAAAACCUACUGUCUAUUUUUCCAGGUUUGCAGCAGAUGGAGUUACCUGUGGCCACGGACCAAGGCGUCUCAAAGUACAAUUGCAAUCUAAAGUCUAUUUCCUCUGUCCAAAUAUUGCCACGGUUCUCCAGACAACUUCUGUCCAAGUUCAAAUAUCAGAUAUGUAUGAAAAUCUUUGGAUAGUAUAUAACAAAACAGUUUUUGAUCAUUGUAACACUUCACUAGAAGGCGAAACGAGGACAAGUAGACUGCUGUUGAGAUGCGACACUCCAACAAAGUUGAAUUAUUUUUCGUUGUUAUUUGCCCAGUAUGCGGCAGACCAAAAUGCAUUGUUGUUUGAAGCAGGAAAGACAUACUAUUUCAUCGGUAAGUGAAAAAUAUAUAUAUUGAAAUAGUUCAAAUGUAUGAUCCUUUUUUUAACUAUUUUCAUAAAGAAAUAAAAUAACACAAAUUAGGGCGCUUUCGAUAGACCGUACCCGGGAUAAAGAAUAGAUGAAGUCUAAACCGAUCACUUGUUUUGGCGUUCAUUGCAGCGUAACAUAUAGACUCUGGCUGAUAUAAAAUACAUCUAGUUAAAAUGUAUGUAGAAAUUUUUGACAAAUUUCUGCGCAUUUUUAUUCUAGAAUAAAUUAAGAAUGGCACGCAGAAUGUGCUCCAUCAAACAUACUCCAAGUGUUAACUGCCUGUCUUUGAAUCUGAUAAAAGAUGGAAGCUCCGUUUUUUGGAAAACAGAAAAUAGAUAGAAAAAAAAAACUAGACUGUUUUCUACACAUGGGAAUUGUCAGUAACUGUGCUCACAUUGUGGGUGCCGGCUCCUCCCAAAAUGUUCCACAAAUUCUUUGUUGAUGUUUUAUAAAGCCUCAGUACUUGUUGCUGUUCUGCGCAUUUUCUUUAACUUGAUAAAAUUAUCUCUCGGUCGUUCAAAAACCUGAUACUUUGUAAGGGCAGUCACCUCUCGUGGUAUAUAGUUUCAAUACGUAGGUUGAAAAAUGAUCUUUAUCCUUUACAGGAACCUCGGACGGAACAGAAUCACAUAUCAACGACAAAAGUGGAGGUCACUGUGCAGACACCACCAAUAAUAUUUACAUGAAGAUUGAGGUGUAUGUCUGCAAAAAGAGUAAUUCAACGUAUCAAGGUAACUUUAAAGUGCAACUUUUCAAGCACCGUUAAAUCACCUUAUCCAAAUUGACCUUGUUAUACCUUAUCAAAAACGGAAUCCACGAGAGACACUCUUUUCCAGGAAUUGCUACCGAAUAUUUUUCUUGAGAUUACCAGGGACGGAUCCAGAAAAUUUAGAAAGAAACAGCCGGGUCACUUACCAACGAUGUAAUAUAGAAACUAUUUCAGAAGCGUAUAGCGUGAGAUUUGAAAGGUGUAGGCACGAGAAGAAAGUUAGAGCGCCGAAGGUGCUCCAAACUACUUAGGAGUUCUGGGGGCAUACUCCCCCUACAAUUUUUUAAAUUUAAGUUCGCAUAAAUGCCAGUUACUGCGUUUACUGCAGGAUAUUUUCAGUAAAUAAAUGCAAAGUAAAAUACGGUGGUGUGGAAGGGCAGGGCACAUUUUCUCGUUUUUCAACCCACCAUAACGUUUACGAAAUAAUAAAAGUAUAAAGGAAAUACUAACAUAAUUGUAACAAAUGCGAAAAAGGUAUUAGUCAUCCCGAUUUAAUCGUCAAAAUACUUUCAGGAAAUAAAAAUAAAAAUAAUUUCCAGAUAUCAGCUGCCCGCACGGGGGUAUGUGCCUAUAUGGGCUCCAUUAUUUCUGUAUUUACUUUACUGAGAAUUCUAAGUAGUAUAGAGUUUACACAAAUAGGCGCGGCCGUAGUUCAGGCUGCCCACCCCUAAAUGCGCCCAUGAUUACUAUAACUUUCUCUGCAAAUAUAAAAUGUAUUGAAGAAAGUCUCAGAUAGAGUUGUUUGAUCCCGACAUCCUGAUCAUAAUUUCCCUCAGUCCCACAGAAGCUAGGGACGGUUUUCAUCGGUUAAUGCGCGAUAACGUCAACCCCCGAGCCCAACGUUUAAUUAGUGGUACCAUAAAUAUCACCUAGAUACCUUCAUCAGAAGACCAGGCCAGGGUAGAUAGAGGAAAAUGUGGAUAAUUUGUGUUAAGCAAAAAUAAUAGGUUUAUAUUCCUUACAUUUAUGAAAAUGCAGCCAAUUUUCUAUAUCAGAUCUUGGCUAAUAAAAACCCUUUCCUGAAUACCGGGUCUGCAAAUUUACGUCCAAAGUUUGUUCUACAUUUCUCGAAAACCGCUCCCUUUUUCUCUAAAAUCCCGAGACUACACCUUCAGUCCCGAACAACCUAAGGACCCUCUGUUAUAGCACUGACAUUUGUCGAACUGUGACCAGGAAGUCUUCAAACCCAUUUCUUUUUUCUCAUGAUGAGGUUUUUUUCCCGCAUAAAAUGGCGAAAUAUGACCUUAAAUCUACCAGCAUGUAUAUAUUUUUUUUAUUAGAUCCUGAAUGUCUCACCGGUGUGGGUAAACUGGAAUGUCCUAGUAUACCAAAUAAAGCCUCGUCAAGUAUAGUCACACAUACCAGCUCACUACCAUCGAACCCUCCAUCAACAAGGGCAGCAGAGACUAAAGCUGUUUGUGCCCAGUCAGUCAUAACGCACACAACAACAGUGUCUACUGAGGUCACACCCACCAACCUGGUGUCCUGUGUAGACGUAUUUAAUAUGACCUUGUUCAACUCAGCUCAGGCGAUCGCAACUGGAAGUUCUAGCCCUUCAUACACAGUAUCCUCUUCUGGCACAGCUCAUUUGACCCAGGCAGUUUCUUCAACACAGACAGUAUUAUCCACACCUACCACUACGAUGAAAGGUUCACAAAUGAUUGCCUCGGAAAAAAGUCCUAUCUUCUCCAGCUCAGCCCUCGCAACAGGCAGUUCCACCCCCUCAUUAACAGUGUCUUCCUCUUGGUCAGCUUCCUUAACCCAGAUAGUUUCUUCAACACAUGCAGCAUCAUCCACACAUAACACUACGAUACAGGCCUCACAAACAGUCGCAGUCGUAAAGGGUCCUAAGGAAUUACUGAUACCCUCAGCCAACAAAAUUUUCACUACAGAGAUAUCACCCGAUACACAUUCAAUAUCUUUCAUGGAGAGAAUAUCACUGUCGACGUGCGUGGUAAUAACUACUAAAACGGUAUUCUCUGCAGUUAAAUCUACUGAGUCUUGCAAAGGCUGCAGUUCGCAGUCAAUAACGUUUCGGUUGCUGAAUGGAGAGCGAGCUGUUAAUCAAGCACAGCUUUCAGAAAAGGAAAAGAUUUCAUGUAAUAAAGGUGAAUAUCUGACUUAUUUUACUACAGUCGUUUAAUAUAAUCAUUUAUCUCAUGUCAAAAAUCAAUUAUAGAAAAACAGAGGACUAAAGCCGUCGUAUACUUUGCAAUAUCCCAAAGUUUCCAUUUAACGGUACUGCCAAAUUUUCAGAUUUUCGGAUGAAGACGUCUGCAAUGAAAACAACAUGUCUAUGAAAACUGACCUUUUAGUUAGUCCACUGGAAAAACGUUUUGUUCCAAAUUUAUUUUAAUCCAAUUCAGCAUGUUUAAUAUUCAGUCUCUAUUUCUUACUUUUGGUUUUGUUUUUUAUGUAGUAACCUGGAUGGUAUUUGGAAUUGCUUUCUUUAUACUUUUCUCAAUUUUAUUGAUUGUCUUCCUUAUAAAGUGCAUCAUUCACAGGUAAGAUUAUUAUUCCUGCUCUAAACGUGACGGUGAUAUUUCCAACUACGUAAUAACAAAACAGAGCACUUUUUUGAAAAUGAAGAAAUGAUCGUCGCAGUGAACGCAAUUUAUGCAAUUGCGUAAAGAAGCCUGAACAAAAUUCAGGAUCUCAACGGGUUUGAACCCGUGACCUCGCGAUAUCGGUGCGAUGCUCUACCAACUGAGCUAUGAAGCCACUGACGUUGGCAGCAGGUCAAGUGUGGGUUCAUAUGUUCCCGUGAAAGAAAUGAGUGUUAAUGACGUUGAAGUCCUGAAUUUUUUUCAGGCUUUUUUACGCCAUUGCAUAAAUUGCGUUCACACUGCGACGAUCACUUCUUCAUUUUCAUUUCAUUUCCUCAGUUCAUAUAUGAUUUAUUUCAUAUAUCAUUAACACUCAGAGCACUUUUUUGUUUGACACUUUUCGAAUGCUAUAUUUUUUUCGCAAUAGAGAGAUUUAGAAUUACUUUUAAGGUAAACGGCAAACGUCAGAUUAAAGGUGAGAAUUUCUCAAAAAAGAUAGUGAAAAAUAAAAUAAAAAAUACAAAAAAAUAAAAGCUAUCAAAAACAAUUCUUAUUGACAAAAUUUGCCUGAGACUAGUAAUAUUUAUUUAAAAGCAUUAAACAAUGAAGGACAAAUAAAGGGGAAACUUGGUCACGUGGUGCAAAUUCACGUUUGCGUUUGCCGUAAAUGACUUUAAUUGUUUCUAAUGUUACACGAGUUCUAACCUCGUUCCAAUCCGUCCUCAGCGAUUUCGGAUGCGACGUCACCUGUCUAGCUUGUCGGGAAAAUUAAUUCGCCGAGGAAGAAUUUUAGGCUACUGCGCUAGCUUCCAAGCCUCCUCUGCUCACUCUGUACCUGGGGAAGAUGCUGCGCGAGUUCUAUUUACAUUUUAAUCGAAGAGCUGCUUAACAGUAGUACACUGUACAUGCUUUUUACAGCCUUGUCCUUGUCUUUUGCAGAAAGAAGAUCUUUCAUAAAUAUUCGUCUAAAGUUUCUCCUGGUGAUGCAAGGAAUGGAGAAGAAAUGAAUCCUACGUGAUUUGUUUCUCGUGAAAAUCCUUUGUACCCUGAUAAUGAUGUUACCUAGUAGAUGCUCACUGAAAAAAACCAGUUUUAAGGUGGCAACAAUGUUAACUUGAACAACAAGAUGUCAUCAAGGUCGCUCACCCUUUACGCAAGCCCAUCUGGUUAAACACCGUGCUCAUAUGUGAACGACAGUUCACUGAAUUCUUUUUUGUAUACUAUCUAGGACAAUUACGCGAACAUGUAUAACAAUGACAGAAAAAAAGGAUAACAAAUAAUAAUUAAGAAGAGGCAAUUUACAUAUGUGUGUAAUGUCCAAAGUAGCAAGAGCUUUCUAGCUGAACACCGCCACCUUCAAAUAAAUGAAAGCAGAGAAAAAAUAAUUAAAUCAGUGAUGAAACAAGCAGAGAUAGUAUUUCCAUUCUGUCUUAAACUUAAUAUAGGGUAGACAUUUAAGACCAUUAAAGCUAAUUCAGCUGGUUAAUCGUGUGUUAUCAAUUCAUUAGGUCAAAAAAAAUCACCCUAAUAUGAGCUUUAUAAUUUGCUCAUAAUUUUAUUUAUUUAAUUGUUUUAUAUCACAGUGUAUUUCACUUCAUAUUACAGUUUGAUAAUGACUACUAUUUUUUUAUCAAAGAAUAGUUGUUAAUAAGGACUAGUUUCAUAUAAGCGCAUCAGAUUAUAUUUAAAUCUACUUUUCGCCUUGGAACAAUAGACCAUUUUUCAGUUGUGGACUAAGCACCCUAGCCUUCGAGUGAAUGUGAGGCUGACGGUGACCUUGUUUUGAUACAAACCUCCUUUGCUUUGUUAUGGAAAUUGUACGUGAAAAAUACUGGUUAGCAUAAGAAUAACUUGAUUUACAUGAUAAAGCAGGAAGGUUUGUAUCAAAACAAGGUCAACUCCAGCCUCGGUUCCAUACAUAACUGUAAAAUGGUCUAUUAAAUCAUCAAAAUGGUCGUUUAUGAGAACACAAGUGGUGUUGGCUUGCCUUUAUUUCCUUUUCAUUCCUUCAUUUUAAUUUUUUACCUAUUUAAAUCAGAGCUCAGCUUAUUAAGCUUUUGUUUUUACAAGUUGUGUUCUUUAUCUCAAUCGCCGUUGUGCUUUCCCCCUAAAGAAGGUCAUUGGAGCGCUUUUAAAACCUCAUUAAGGCUUAUCUAUUUGCGGAUUGGAGAGUGCUAUGCACUAAACUAGCAGAGCCUUUCGCUUUACUCCCUCUUGGCGUACUCUUUUCUUCUCCUCAUUCAAUAAGAAAAAUGGACCUGUAGCUUAGUUUACGAUAAUUUGCCAGACGAUGAAUAAACAG